CAGGUUCCAACUUCUCUCUAAACUUGCAUCUCACUUCUCUCUCUAGGAAGAUCGUUCUGACUUGGGAGUCGGAGUGCUAACGAACCCUAGCCAAGGGGUUCGCUGGGCGCCGUGGUGUGCAGGUUACGGACGUGAAGCUAGGGCGCAGAGGGAGCCAAAAAAGUGUGGGAGCCAUCCGAGGCGGGGGGAGUACGUGGCACAAACAAUAAUAAUGAGUGGACUUGUUGAUAAUUUUAUUCAAUUAUUAUGAGCCAUAUAGGUAUUGGGUUACACCUCUUUGGGAUUAGCGUCCUCGCUGUGGUUUCACCACCAUCGUUCAAGAGGAAUGCGUAAAGGUUCCGAUAUCAAUUAUGUCAUCUUGAACCUUUUCUCAAUCAAGAUAUUGUUCUCUUUGAGUCCCCCGUACGAUUUUUUUCUUAGGAUGCAUAUCAUGAUGACUUAUCAAGAGGCUACCCAACCUUGCAUUGAUCCAUAGUGAGCAUGACUUUGGAAUUUUAAAAGAAACGUUCAUUCCACCUCAAAAAGCAUAUUAUCGAUUAAAAUCAUUUAUUUACUUUAUCUUGGGGGUCAUUUGAAAGUUGAGAUUUCAUAUAAGUAUUUAGCCAAUACAUGUAAUUAUGAGAAUUCGUUGUUUUGUGUCCUAAAAUGUAACACAAUAUUUGUAUUUGAUCAAAAGAUUGGAACACCAAAAUUAUUCAAUAUGGAUGAUUGUCAAUCUCUCAGUUUGUAUUCCUCAUAUUUUGAGGGACCACCAAAAUUAUUCAACCUCCAAAUAAUAGGGGUGAGAAAGUAGACCAGACUGUUUGAAAAACCAUGGUCCAAACCGGACCGCACAGUUUGGUCCGGACCGUUGACCGUAAAGUAUGGUUUGUAUUAUAUGAUGUUUUAAUUUCUUGUUCUGGUCUAAACCGCGGUUUACCGGACCAAACCGUGGACCCAGCUAACUUCUCAAUAUGUUUUAGCAACCCACUCGACCACUCGCCCAACUCCCACAAUGAUACCCAAGUCUCAAUCUUAAUUUUGAGAAUAUCUUCCCCUCCUUCAUUCACAACCAUAUUUCACUAGGGAGUAGAGACAAUCAUGUCUCCAUAUGACAUUAUGUAAAUGUAUAUGAUGUUAUGGUGCAAGUUGGGAUGUUUUGACUUUGUAUCUUUAUUAUUUACUGAGAUUUACGGUGUCAAAAUUAUCCAUGAUUUAUGUUUUAAGAAAACAAAACAUUUUUUUCUUGGCCAUUGGUUCAAUUUUUUGUGCGGUUGAUUAAUUAAAUUAUUCAUUUUUUCGUUUACUGUGGUCUAUUUGGACCAAACCGUACCGGACCAGACUGCAUUGGUGUGGUUUGGUCUGGACCGUAUAGUUUGUGUUCUAGUCUAUGGUCUAUACUCUAACCUCUUGGUCUGGACCGUAGACCGCAUAUGAUCCGCUGAAUCAGACCGCACCAUUUCCAGUUCUGCCAAAUAAUGUAUUUUUCAAAUUUACAUUUUGAAACAAUUCAUCUAAUUAGAAUACAUACAUUGAAUUUAAUGCAUAAAUAUAUAGAAUCAUGAUUACCAUGUAUAUAUUCCGUAAUUAAUAGAUGUGAGAUUUAUUUAAUGUGUUCAUAUUUAUGUGGAAAAAAAUUCAGAUUAAAACAAAGAAUAUACAAACAUAUGGCUACCUUCGCGGCAAACGACGACGUUCGCGCCAGAGAAAGCCAGAGAAAGAAUCUGCAAACUGCAAUCUAAAACCAGAUAAAAAAAUCCAGACGAGAAAAGCGGAUAAACGAAUUCCCGAUUUCCCCCGCUCUCUCGCCCGCAGAAAAUGCUACGGUUACCGUCUCCGCUUCUUCCGGUUCGAUUUCCCUCCAACUCCAUCACUUACUAUCCAGUCCUCCACCACCAUCUCAUAUUCCAGCCGCCUCUCUCCGCCGCCGCCGCCGCCGCCGCACUCACAGCCGCCGCCAAUUUGCGCUACUCCUCUCCUUCUUCAAGUAAAGGUCUGGAUAACGAUGACGAAGAAGACGAGAACGAAAACGAGGGUGGAGAUGAAGAUGACAUUCUUCCUCUCCAGAGCCGCCGCUACGACUUCACUCCGCUCCUCAAUUUCCUCGCCGGACAGCUCUCCGAAGCUUCCCCGGCCACCACCGAUUCCUCCGGCAGCUCAUCCGCGUCACCGAGCGUGCUCGACUCGGCCGAGUUCCAGCUCGCUGAGUCGUACCGCGCCGUGCCAGGUCCGCUCUGGCACUCCUUGCUGAAAUCCCUCUGCUCGUCUCCCGAUUCCAUCGGAUUAGCCUACGCCGUCGUCACCUGGCUCCAGCGGCACAAUCUCUGCUUCUCCUACGAGCUCCUCUACUCGAUUCUCAUCCACGCACUAGGGCGCUCGGAGAUGCUCUACGAGGCGUUCCUUCUUUCGCGGAAGCAGUCGCUGAAUCCCUUAACGUACAACGCGCUGAUCAACGCCUGCGUGAGGAACAACGAUGUCGAGAAGGCCUUGAAUCUGAUUUCCAGGAUGCGGCAGGACGGGUAUCCUUCUGAUUUCGUCAAUUACAGUUUGAUUAUCAAGAAUCUGACUCGGAACAAUAGCAUCGACUCUCCGAUUCUGCAGAAGGUUUAUGAUGAAAUCGAAUGCGAUAAGCUUGAGCUCGAUGUGCAGCUUUCGAAUGACAUAAUUGUAGGGUUUGCUAAAGCGGGUGAUACCAGCCGAGCAAUGGAGUUUCUGGCUAUGGUGCAAGGGAAUGGGUUGAGUGUGAAAACCGGGACGCUUGUGGCUGUUAUCUACGCUCUGGGGAAAUCUGGUAGGACUGUAGAAGCUGAGGCUAUUUUUGAGGAAAUGAAGGACAAUGGUCUGCAGCCGAGGACUCGAGCUUAUAAUGCGUUGUUAAGAGGGUAUGGGAAGGCGGGUUUGCUUAAGGAUGCUGAAUUCGUGGUGACGGAGAUGGAGAGGAAUGGGGUUUCCCCUGAUGAACAGACAUUUGGCUUUCUAGUCGAUGCUUAUGCGAAUGCUGGCAGGUGGGAGAGUGCUAGAGUUGUGUUGAAGGAAAUGGAAACGAGAAAUGUGAAGCCGAAUCCUUAUGUAUACAGUAGAAUCUUGGCUUCUUAUCGUGAUAGAGGGGAAUGGCAGAAGUCGUUUCAGGUUUUGAGGGAGAUGAAGGACAUUGGAGUCAAACCUGACAGGCACUUCUACAAUGUCUUGAUUGAUACGUUUGGGAAAUUUAAUUGUCUCGAUCAUGCAAUGGCUGCAUUUGAUCGGAUGCUUUCGGAAGGAAUACAACCUGAUACAGUCACUUGGAACACUCUUCUGGAUUGCCAUUGUAAGGCUGGACUCCACGAAAGAGCAGAAGAGUUAUUCGAGGAAAUGAUAGAAAAGGGUUACUCUCCUUGUGCUGCAACAUUUAACAUCAUGGUGAAUUCAUUUGGACUGCAGGAGAGGUGGGAUGAUGUGAAGAUUUUGCUGCAGAGGAUGCAGGGCCAUGGAUUGUUGCUUAAUGUUGUAACCUAUACAACGCUAAUAGAUAUCUAUGGCCGAUCAGGGAGGUUUGAAGAUGCAAUGCAGUGCUUGGAAAACAUGAAAGCUUCGGGAUUUAAACCGACUUCUACUAUGUACAACGCCUUGAUAAAUGCCUAUGCACGAAAGGGAUUGUCUGAAGAGGCUGUAAAUGCUUUUAAGAUCAUGACAGCUGAUGGCCUAAAGCCUAGUAUGCUAGCACUCAACUCAUUGAUCAAUGCAUUUGGCGAAGAUAGGAGAGAUGCAGAAGCUUUUGCAGUACUGAAGUACAUGACAGACAAUGACUUGAAGCCUGAUGUGGUGACCUAUACUACACUCAUGAAGGCUUUGAUUCGUGCUGACAAGUUCGACAAGGUGGCUUCAGUAUAUGAAGAAAUGAUUUCAUCUGGGUGCAAACCGGAUGGUAAAGCUAAAGCAAUGCUGAGAUCUGCACUUCGGUACUUGAAGCAAACGCUAUGACAUUUUCUGCAGAAGGUUGCACACCAUCUAGGCAGGGUGAUUAGACAGAUUCACAUAAUGUUGGAUGAAUGUUCAUAUUCAAGCUUAUUUACCAACUCGAGGUUUGUGGGUGAACACUUACUGCAUAGUUAAAGCUGGAAUCAUGUUCCUGAAGAAUGAUUACAUCAUGCAAUUUCAAUCCCCUUGCUAAACUGUGCUCAUUUUGUUACCAGGGAUUCUGGUUCGGGAAAGGAAGCUUGUACCUUACAACAACGUAGACCGAGUAUGCACCUAAGCAAGAGAACUCAAAGCUUGUAAAGCCGUAAAUGUAGCUUCAUGCUCAGCUCUCUUGGAUUAAAGAUGUAAGCUUGCUUUUCAAGGCACGUCCUUAGUUUCUUGUAUUAUACAAGCAGCUUAGGGGUUUCUUCACACUGCUGAUGUUACGUAUUCGUGUGGUUUCUUCACAAAAGUAUAUAUAUGCAUCUUUGUGCUUCCAAAUCUACUGCUGACCAGAAUUGUAGUGGGAAACUCAAGUGCGUAGGAACGGGCAUGGUCUGACCAAAAUCAGACUGAAUCAACGUAGGACUUGAUC